CCACCAUCUCCUCCUCCUCCUCCUCUUCCUCCUCUUACACUCCCCUCUCCUCCAGCUCACACUGUUUCCCUCUGAUGCCGACUGGAUGCAGACCGGAGGAUUUCCAGCAGCUUCCUGACUCUCUCGCUCCCUGCAUCCCUAUCCAUCCCCAUCCAUCCCUCGUCCUCCUCUUCCUCCUCCAGCAUCUUCUCCUCUCCUGCCUCCUUCUUUCCUCCUGCUUUCCUUCCUAACCAACCAGGAUGUGGCACUCUUCGGCUCUGCUUCUCUCCGCUUUGAUCCACGUGUCGCUGCAGGGUCCUCACCAGAGGAACCUGCUGAAGAACCUCCUGAAGGACUACAACCGGAUGGAGCGGCCGGUGGCCAACGACUCCCACCCUCUGACCGUCGUCUUCUCCCUCAGUCUGAUCCAGAUCAUGGACGUGGAUGAGAAGAACCAGGUGUUGACCUCUAAUAUGUGGCUCCGGAUGAGCUGGUUCGACCACUAUCUCCAGUGGAACCAGAGCGAACAUCCGGGAGUGAAAAACCUUCGCUUCACCACAGAUCAGGUCUGGACGCCGGACAUCCUCCUCUACAACAGUGCAGAUGAUGACUUUGAUUCCACCUUUAAGACCAAUAUUCUGGUGAACUCCAGUGGCUACGCUGAGUAUCUCCCUCCAGGAAUCUUUAUGAGCACAUGCAACGUGGAUGUCCGCUGGUUUCCCUUCGAUAUUCAGAAAUGUGAGCUGAAGUUUGGCUCCUGGACGUAUGAUGGAUGGCUGCUGGACCUCCAGAUGAAUGAUGCAGACAUCUCUGGCUACAUGCCCAAUGGAGAGUGGGACCUAGUGGGCGUUCCCGGUACCAGAAGCGAGGUUUUCUAUGAGUGCUGCAAGGAGCCCUACCCUGAUGUGACAUUUGUCGUUACAAUACGACGGCGGACGCUCUACUACGCCUUGAAUCUGCUCAUUCCGUGCGUGCUGCUGUCUUCUAUGACCCUGCUAAUUUUCGUGCUGCCAGCCGACUCUGGGGAGAAGAUCUCGCUGGGUAUCACCGUCUUGCUGUCUCUCACUGUUUUCAUGUUGCUGGUGGCAGAGAUCAUGCCAGCCACAUCUGACUCCGUCCCUCUUAUAGGUCAGUACUUUGCCAGUAUAAUGAUCAUUGUUGGCAUGUCAGUCAUCGCUACAGUGGUGGUUCUGCAGUAUCAUCACCACGAUCCGAAUGGAGGGAACAUGCCAAAAUGGGUGCAGCUCGUGUUGCUGCAGUGGGUGGCCUGGUUCCUUCGUAUGAAGCGUCCGGGGGAGAACGACGACCCCGAGCGGCCGCCCUGCGCCCCCCACCUGCGUCGCUGCUCCUCGGGCUCCCAGAGCGGCAGCAUCCCCAACCCUCAGGACCCCACCCUGCACCCGCUGCACCCCCAGAACCUGGCUCCUCUCCAGACGGGGCCCCUCCACGCGGGGCACCCUCACCUCCACACUCAGUCCAGCGCCAACAACAACGGGAACCUCCUCUACAUGGGCUUCCAGAGCAUGGAGGACCCGUCGAUGCUCUCGGAGGCCGUCCAGAGGAACAGCAUCUCCACGGGGCCUCCAAGAGUGGCGGGAAGUCCACCACCACACCUGCCGUCUCAGUUCUGCAGCUCCCCACCGCCUCCCACCCUCAACAUGGAUACUGUGGGGUGUCCCAGCACCGUCUCCAGUGGUGGGGGCUUUGGAGGUGGACCAGGAGGGCUGGGAGGAUGCUCGACCUCCGCGCUCGGAGACCCCCAGCUACAGGCCAUCCUGGAGGAGGUCCGGUACAUGGCGGACCGGUUCCGGGAGCAGGACGAGGCGGAGAGCAUGGCCGACCAGUGGAAAUUUGCGGGCGCCGUGAUCGACCGCCUGUGUCUGGUGGCGUUCAGCGUCUUCAACAUCAUAUGCACCAUCUCCAUCCUCAUGUCUGCUCCCAACUUUGUGGAGGCUAUUUCAAAGGACUUUGUUUGAAGGCACAGAGGAAGGAAAAAAAAAAAAGGAAGAGAAGCAUGAAGGAAAGGAUGAAGGAAAUUAAAUAAAGGAUAAAGGAUGGAGUGGGCCUCGAUCCAAGGAAACACAAUUUCCAGUGAACUUGAGGCUCUGUGAUUUGUGAUUGCAAGGAACUGGGAAGUAGAAAAAAAAACUAAUGGUUUUCUUUGCAAUACAUUCUAUUUUGUAACUGAAACAUAAGGAGAAAACAGAUGAAGAAGGGGCUCCGGAUUGAAGUUAAAAUGAGAUUAGGGUGAGCAGCGUGCUUUAUCAGAUUCUUGACAUGGUGAAAUGGGUUCUCGUGGUUAAUUCAAAGACUUCCCUCCAAAAUUACGGGAGGGAAAGAUGAGUCAGAAAGGGGGUAAAAGAAAGCGAGGAUUAUCCGUCCAAUGCAACCAGAAAGCUCUUAAAGCGAAGGGAGAGAUUGAGAGAAUAAGAGGGGCAAAGAGGCAGUCGGAUAGAUACGGACGGAUAAACGAGCCAGAUAUUUGACUGUUUUAUUUUCUGGAGGAGAGACGACAGCCCUUCGCUCCCACAUGUUGAGAAAAUACUGCAUCAUUUAAAGUGAUGUGAGGACGAGAGGGUGGGGAGAGGAGACAGAGACUCUCACAAGGACAGACAACAAAGAGCAGUCAUGAAGGAACGAGACUUCAUCCCCCGUGACAUUGGCAGAGUUAAGCAUAGCAAGCGGCUCGAUGCUCAGAUACACAAAAAGUGGACCGCAGAUCAAGAACGCUGCAGCGCAGAGGAACAGACGAGGAUCUCAUCUAUUAUUCAAUCCCAUCCAUCUAAUGACCGUCAAAUUGAAAGACCUCGGAUAAUCUUUAAGACUAAUAAGCUUUUAAAAGAUGAAGUCCCCCUCUCUCCUCGCGAGCCACUUUGGAUUUCUGAGGCCUUAUCUCUUUGAGACGAUUGCCAAUCUGCAACAAUCAGCGGAGAUCAGAAGCUCCUGAGCUGCGUUCACAGUGUGCGGCGCUUAUCGGGAUCUGGAAACUGAAUUAACCGGUCAUCAACAACGCAGUGGCCAGGAGCCGCACCAUGGAGGAGACCCGGACCGAUAAUAACUCACGAGGCUAACUGUAUCUGGCAGGUCAUAAUACACCAACAAAACUCAUUGGAUUUCAUAUUAAAGGUUUAAUAACUCAGAUGGGAGGUCAGCUCUUUAAAAAGAACACGAGACGCAGAGAAAAAAAAGGGGAUAAAAUCAUUCAAAUUCCUCAAAUUAUCACGAACAUGAAACAUCCCAUCAAAUUUCAGCGACAUCCCUUGAGUGGUGUACAGCUUCGUGAGUGAUCUAAAAUGAAAGAUGAGUUUUAAUAAAAUGCUAUUUUUCACGAAAUUGACUCGAGCUGAUAAAGUUUCGAAGGUUUAAAUUGACAUCCUGACCUCCAGGCACAAAUCAUCUGUGGGGAAGACAGUAGCCAAUAAACAAAAUACAUGAUAAAUUUGUUUGGAUUUGAGGGAAUUAGAAGUUUUUCUGCUACUUAUCAACAGUCAGACAACAAUAAAUGACUCAUGUCUCUGCUAGCAGUUUGAAUGUAGGCUGAAUGCAAGAUCAGCUUAGCUUAGCUCAGUUCAAAGGUGUCAACUAGCAGCUCUUAUUACGUGUUAAAUUUUUCCAAGGAUGGCUGUCUGGCCUUACUGAAGGACAAGCUGAAAGAUGCCUUAGCAAUUAUAAUUAACCUAGAGUGAAACUUUCAAUCUGCUCCUUCUGUGCUGGCAAGGCAUCUCAAAUCUUUCUCUUCUUGCUGUCUAAUACAGAUAGUCUAAAACCUGUGGACCAUAUAAGUGAGCUCAAUAAUUCUCACAGUGCACUGGGAAUGUCACAUUUCUGGGACAAACCGAGAAUGCAAUGAGUUGGAUGGAACAAAAUGUAGAAAUUAAAGUUGUGUGAAAUAGCAAAAGAGCUAUUGAGACAGUUUUGAAGAUAAAAAAGAAGUUAAAAGUAACAGGACUGAGUGUAAUUUAUCUUUAACAACUGCCGGAGCUUCACCGAUUCAUUAAACUAUGCAUUUUAACCCUCGUGUUGUCCAGCAGGUCAAAAUUGACCUGGUUUAAAGUUUGAAAAUGUGGGGAAAAAAAUACAUAUUUUCACAGUGAAACUUCUGAUGUCCACAUUUUCAACAUUUUUGGGAAAUCUUUGAACAUUUUUUGGUGGAAAAAAGAAAUGUUAAAAAUGUUUCUUAAGAAUAUUUACAAAAAAAUCUAACAAAAUCCAGUGAAUCUCGCUGGAUUUUGGUUGAUUUUUAUGUGAAUGUUCUUAAAGAAAAUAUUAGAAGUUUUACUGAUAUAUCUGUAAUCACUUUAGAUAUUUUUAGGAUUUUUCUUUCCAAAUUUGGGGGAUUUUUAAAAAAAAUAAAACUUUUAAGGGAAACUUUUACAGAAUUAUUGGAAUUUUCUUCCUGAAUUUGCAAAUUUUCAGAAAUUUGGGGAAUUUUUUGCUGAAUUUUUGGAUUUUUUUCAGACAAGGAAACAAUAUUUUUUGGUCCCUGUAAAUGAGGACAACAGGAGGGUUAAUAUUCAUGUGGAUACAAAAACAAUGUCCAAACAAUACAUUCUCUCUGUGUUCAUGAAAACUGUAAUAAUAGUUGUUUAUUGUACAAUCCACAUUUAGGUUUCCAGCCAUUGUCAUGACUGUUAAAAGCAAAUGUUUCCACUUUAAACACUGGAUAAAGUGGGUUUAGAUGCAUUGAUCAAGCAAAUAAUUGUUACUAUAAGAGAACAAAUUGAGCCACACAUUCAAACUGUAAGCAGAGACAUGAAGCAGAUCAGUUUCCCUGAAUUGUAGUAGAAGAAAUCCUUUAAAGCAUAAGACUGGAGCUACUCACUUUGUUUUUGUAAUGUCAUCAAAUCCCAUUGAAAGUGUGUGGUUUCAGGUUCUAGAGCCCGACGGAUACUGGAUUUUUCAGGGGAGUAAAAAUUUUGGCAUUGUUUAUACAUAUGUAAGACUGAAAAGGGAAAAUGAUGGGGCCAUUAAUUCAGCUGUGAACAUACUCUGCUACAUGUGCUGCAGACAGCCAGUCGGAGCUGAGGGGUAUCCUAGGAAGCAAAUUUGACAUAGUCAGGCUCUCUUUGUGUUAGCUGACUUAUAAUGCUGAACAGAAAUAAUGGGAAUCACGGUGGAGGCUAUCAACUUCCUUAAUAAAGACAGCUUUUUCUUGAUCAGAUUCUGUGCACUCUAAAAGCUGGGCAUUUGAUGCGUCAUUUCUGCACUAAAAGCACCGACUGUGUACCGCCUCCUUCAGUCAAAAUGAACAGGUUGUUAAAAUCGACAGCUAUCAAGAAUAGAUCAAAUACAUAUCAUUUAAGUUACUAUAUUAAUUGUACCACUCAGUGCACUAUUAAUCCAGCUGCUUAUUUUUCACACGACAGCUGCACAUUAGAGCUUUUAAAUUUUAACCUCCAUACAUUUAACCCUCCUGUUGUCCUCAUUUAUGGGCACCAAAAAAAUAGUUUCCUUCUCUGAAAAAAAUCCAAAAAUUCAGCAAAAAAAAUUCCCCAAAUUUCUGAAAAUUUGCAACACUUUCAGGAAGAAAAUUCCAAUAAUUCCUUAAAAGUUUUAUUUUUAAAAAAAAUCUUGUUAAUAAUAUCUUGUUAAUAAUUUUAAAAAAUGAGUAAAAAUCUUCCAAAAAAAUCCUAAAAAUAUCUAAAGUGAUUCCAUAUAUAUCAGUAAAACUUGUAAUAUUUUCUUUAAGAACAUUCACAUAAAAGUCAACCAAAAUCCUGCGAAAUUCGCUGGAUUUUGGUUGACUUUUUUGUGAAUGUUCUUAAGAAACAUUUUUAACAUUUCUUUUUUCCCACCAAAAAAUGUUCAAAGAUUUCCCAAAAAUGUUGAAAAUGUGGACAUCAGAAGUUUCACUGUGAAAAUAUAUAUAUUUUUUCCACAUUUUCAAACUUUAAACUGGGUCAAUUUUGAGCCGCAGGACGACACAAGGGUUAAACAUUAGACUCAAUACAUGCAUUUGGAUCUGACACUGUCCAGUAAUGAAGCAUACAUGUAAAUCACUUUAUAUUUGGACCAACUGAUAAAAAUACAUACAUACAUUAUCUGCAUUAACAACUGAAUACAGCCGGUUUCCGUGGCGAUGCAAUCCAUACAGUUUGCACUGUAACUGUACGGCUUUGUUCAGUGGCUUUACUAACAAACAGCUCAACAGCUUUGCAGGUAAUGUAUUCUUUCAGCUGAGGAUCUGUAUCACUUAUACAGAAUAUCAUCAGGAGAAGAACCGAUGAAAGGUCAGAGCUUCUUACAGCUUAUAUAAAUCCCAAGCUCUGCAGCAUCUGUUACCAUGGUGAUCUAGCCAAGCUAAGAGAGAGCCACCUGACUGAAAAAAUUGGGCUUUAAGCUCAUCAUACCUCUCUAACCCACUAAUCCCAUUACGUAGUACACCCCUCUGCUCUGCUAGAGAGCAAUGGCACCAUUUCUGAUUUACAUCAAGCUGUUUUUUCUGCAUUAUGUUCUGUAAAGAAACAAGUUUCACAUAUCAGCAAAUACUGGACAACACAGGCACCAAUACCAGGCGAGGUUUUUUGGUUCCUUCUACUGUAGCAAAGUGCUUUCUCAAAGGGAAUCCACAGGGAAUUCAGAUUGUUGGGUUCUCUUUGAAAAUUGUAAGGUCUUCAGCUCACUAUGUGAAUAACUGUGAGAUAACAUAUAGGUCAAUAUAUAAUUGAGGGACUUUUGAAGUGCAUGGGAUAAAUUUUGCAUACAGUUUUAUUAAAAUUAAAAAAAACUGAAGUUUUUUAUGUUCAUUAUGAUCAAGUCUUUACAAAUUCCAGAAUUAUUUAUUAUGGAAACAAUCACUUAUUAAUAAAAAAUGACUGGAUAUAACUAAAAUGUCAACUAAAUCACUGCCCCAAUUUAAUAACAAACACCUUCUAAUUAGCUAAACAAUAAUAAAAUGAGCUGAUUCAGAAAUAGUUUUGAUUGUGUUCUUUUUAUUAAGUUGAGAUAAUCAUGACAGAUAUUUCCAUUUUGGCAAUAUAUCAAAUUUUAUAUGGAAAAAAACAAAUUGUAUCUGUGUUUGAGAAAUCUAUUUUCCACUAAGUUCCCCAUUACAAAAACACCUCUCAAAGAAGUGUGUUAAUUCCACAUCACAUGACCUGCUCAUUUUGUUUCUUUUUUUGGUCAUUUUCAGUCCAUUUUGUGGGCAUUUUAGGUCUUUUUGUGGUCAUUUUGUGCAUUUUUGUGGUCAUUUUGUGCCUUUUUGUGGUCAUUUUCAGCCUGUUUGUGGUAACUUACGGUGUUUUGUGAUCAUUUUACAAUUUUUUGUAGUUAUUUUGUGUUUCUUUGUGCAAAUUUUUUUUCUGUUUUGUGGGCAUUUUUUAGAAAAGACUGGCCAGACUCCAAGGCUUUCUGAGUUAUUUAAUAUAAAGUAGUGUGUGAGUCAAGUGUGGAUUUAUGGCAUGUCAACAGGUUUACUACAAUAUCUUUAGAAAUAACUUUCAAUUUCAAUCUUUCUCAAUUGUAUAUAUAAUAUUUUAGAAGAAUCUUUCUGUAAAAAUGCCAUAUGGUGUUUGGUUCUAGGCGGCCAUGUUGAUUUUAGACCUGAAAACAGCAAAAAUGUCAACUAUGAUACAAAAACUCCCGCAGUUAUAUAUUGACCCAUAUGUUAUGAAUUGCUGCUAUACAAAUUAAGUUGAAUUAAAAAUCUAGCCUGUCUAACUAUAGGCUCAAAGCAGCCGAUAAUGUCACCAGAUCAGAAAAUCAGUCGGGCUCUAUGAAUUUUACGCAUUUUAAAGAGCAAAUCAUUUUCUAAAUCAGCAGAACACUGUACGUUUUACUAAAUAUUUUGCUAUUUUCAGUGACGAAUUAAUGCACAUUUGAUGCUCUUGUGAGGAUGAUGUUUAUGGGAUUGACCCUAAAUGAAACUACAGUGCCCAUGUUGGUUUAAAUGUAGAAAUCUGACACCUAGAGAGGUAAUUUGAGGUUGAUUAAUGUGUAUUUUAUGACACAGAAAAAAGAAAUCUCAGGCUUUGACUACACAGGCUGUGCUUUCAGUGGGAUAUGUUGUUGUGUUUUCAUGGGAUUUGAUGACAGUAAGAUAAACAUAGUACCUAGAAUGCCCUUUUAGGACACAACAUGUUUACAACAUUCCUGACCAACACUGUCCGUCUCUGGUGGCAAUACAGAUGCAUUUUUCUCACUGUGAACCGAGUGUAGAGACAGUUGUACACAAUCUUUAUACCUUCUCUACACUCCUCUUCAUCUGCUGUCUUCUCUCUGUUCUCCUCUUUAAAGUUUAGUCUCCUGGCAGGCAGAAAGUAAACUUCCUGCCAGAUGGGGGUUUUCUAAAAGGAUGUUCUCCUCUGAGCACAUGCUGACACCUGAAACACACAUCUGUACAGAGCAUUUCUCAUCCUGAAAAUAAAUACUGUUUUUUUUCUUUUCUA